AUGAGUGGCGGUCCAUCCGUCAUCCGCAGAGUGACCAGCGAUAAGUCGAACGUCGAAUUGCUAAACGCCCUACGGUCCAACUUCGUCGCAGCUCAACAUAUCGAACCCUCGCACACAAACGGCACUUCCCUCGACAUCCAUGACGUUCCACAGAGACUCUCUUACAGCGACUAUACAACCUGGACAUCUAAACAAGGGGAUACCCUCUACGUGCCCUCGAUCAAUUUUUCAGAACCCGGCCUGAUCGAAGAUCGUGACCAGUAUGAUAUCACUGUCAAGCUCUUCUAUCUCCCAGGAACCCCGACCUCUCGUCGCUGUGCACAUACCAAGGAAGCAAUUGACCUCGUCCUGAAAGAACUACACACCAAUUCCAUUGACCUGCUUAUCGUCUCGUUCCCCGGCAUAUCGUUUGAUGCAGACGACUCGGGCGAGGAUAUAUCCGAUGGCGAUAGUAGCAAUCAUAACAACGGCAACAACGACCUCAGACGGCGAGAAUCCGAAUCCGGAAUGGAUGGCAUAAUUCAAACAUGGCGGGUCCUCGAAUCCCUCAAGGAGCAAGGGAUGAUAUCCCAACUGGGCCUGUCGGAGUUUGACAGCGAGCGACUAGCGGAGUUCCUCCCGCACGCCAAGAUUCUGCCCGCGGUCGACCAGAUUAACGUCAAGGAUUGCUGCGUCGUGCCGAAACCGUUGAUCGUGUUUGCGAAGCAGAAAAAUAUUAAGCUGCUGACGCAUAAUGAUUGCACUGACAUCCUCCCGCCCGGUACAACUCGAGACCUCCUAGCGCGCGGGGAAAGGGGAGCGGGGAUCCUAGCGGCCAGCGCAACGGCGGAAGACGGCGGGUUGAAGGGCGAGAUUGAACCGCAGUGGGUUGUGAAGUAUACCGCUGUGGUGAAGGAUCGAGGCGUGAUUGAAAAUAAAGGUUAUUUUGCGCUUGCGGAGGUGCGAGAUUGUAUGUGA